CACCAGAGAGGUGUCCCCGUCCUCUUAAUGAGCAGAAUGUGAAGGUCAUUACUACUGGGAAUGAUCUGAUCUAUAUUAAUGCUACAGACAUAAAGGAAGAAGAAGAGACAGAUGUGAGCGGUGAUGAGCAGUAUAAGGAGGACAUUACUACAGGUAACCACCCAGAUUCUUGUAGCAGGAGAUCAGAGGAGAAUCUUAUAUCUUCAGAUUAUAAAGCAGAUGAUGAUGUCACACAAGAUACAUAUGAAGAACAUUCCAUUAUCCCAGAUACACCCUCAGCCCUUCACAGCCAAGAUCUGUCAUCUCAUCCUUAUAUACAGGUCCUGUCUUCUCACUCAUCACAGGAUGUUCAGCAAAAAGAAGGUCACAGAAGGUCAACAAGCUCAUACAGAAAAGAAACAAUAUUCAUGCUCAGAAUGUGGGAAAUGUUUUACUUUUAAAUCAUGUCUAGUUGUACAUCGAAGAACUCACACAGGAGAGAAGCCAUUUUCAUGUUCAGAAUGUGGGAAAUGUUUUACUCAGCAAUCAAGUCUUGUUGUGCAUCAAAGAACUCAUACAGGGGAGAAGCCAUUUUCAUGUGCAGAGUGUGGGAAAUGUUUUACUAAGAAAUCAAGUCUUGUUAAUCAUCAAAAAACUCACACAGGGGAGAAGCCUUUUUCAUGUGCAGAGUGUGGAAAAUGUUUUACUGAGAAAUCAAAUCUUGUCAGUCAUCAAAGAACUCACACAGGGGAGAAGCCAUUUUCAUGUGCAGAAUGUGGGAAAUGUUUUAAUGUGAAAUCAAGUCUUGUUAAUCAUCAAAGAACUCACACAGGGGAGAAGCCAUUUUCAUGUGCAGAGUGUGGGAAAUGUUUUACUGAGAAAUCAAAUCUUGUUAAUCAUCAAAGAACUCACACAGGGGAGAAGCCAUUUUCAUGUGCAGAAUGUGGGAAAUGUUUUACUCAGCAACCACAUCUUAUUAAACAUCAAAUAGCUCACAAUGAUUUUUGUACCAGGAGAUCAGAGGAGAAUCUUAUAUCUUCAGAUUAUAAAGCAGAUGAUGAUAUCACACAAGAUACAUAUGAAGAACAUUCCAUUAUCCCAGAUACACCCUCAGCCCUUCACAGCCAAGAUCUGUCAUCUCAUCCUUAUAUACAGGUCCUGUCUUCUCAGUCAUCACAGGAUGUUAAAAAAAAUAAAGGUCACAGAAGGGGUGUUAGACAUCACCGAGCUCAUACAGGAAAGAAACCAUAUUCAUGCUCAGAAUGUGGGAAAUGUUUUACUAAGAAAUCACAUCUUGUUCAACAUCGAAGAACUCACACAGGGGAGAAACCAUUUUCAUGUUUAGAAUGCGGAAAAUGUUUUACUGACAAAUCAGAUCUUGUUAAACAUCAAAGAACUCACACAGGGGAGAAGCUGUUUUCAUGCUCAGAAUGUGGAAAAUAUUUUACUCAGCAAUCACAUCUGCUUAAGCAUCACAGAACUCACAAAGUAGAGAAGCCAUUUUCAUGUUCAGAAUGUGGAAAAUGUUUCACUGAGAAAUCAAUUCUUGUUCAACAUCAAAAAGAUCACACAGGGGGAAAUCAAGUCUUGUUAAACAGAAGCGAACUCACACAGGGGAGAAACCAUAUUCAUGUUCAGUGUGUGGGAAAUGUUUUUCUGACAAAUCAAAUCUGGUUAAACAUGAAAGAACUCAUACAGGGGAGAAGCCAUUUUCAUGUUCAGAAUGUGGAAAAUGUUUUAAUGACAUAUCAAGUUUUGUUAUACAUAUAAAAAUUCACACAGAGGAGAAGCCAUUUUUCUGUGCAGAGUGUGGGAAAGGUUUUAUUGAGAAAUCAAAUCUUGUUCAACAUCAAAGAACUCACACAGGGGUGAAGCCAUUUUCAUGUGCAGAGUGUGGGAAAUG